GAUUUAUAGUGACAUCUACUUUUUUUUAAAGGGACAAAAAGAGAACUAACGAUCUGUCAUUUAUCAUCCAAAAAAACGUGUUUUUAUUAUUUAUUUAACAUUUGUUUUUCAGUCUUUUAAAACACAAUCAUGGUAAAAAAACCAAAAGAAUUUGCCGAAAGUAAGGCGGAACGUCAUAUGAUGACAAUUGGAGAAAUAAUUCAUGAAUUAUUACUUGCACAUGAACAGCAUCGAGAUGUUGAUUUAAAUAAAUUAAAAGCACGAAUAUCAUCGAAAUAUGGAUUGGACUCGUCUCCAAGGCUUGUUGAAAUUAUAGCCGCUGUUCCUUCUGAUUUUAAAAAAAUUCUUUUACCAAAAUUGAAAGCUAAACCCGUGAGAACUGCCAGUGGUAUAGCCGUUGUCGCUGUUAUGUGUAAACCACACAGAUGUCCACAUAUAAAUAUGACGGGAAAUAUUUGUGUAUAUUGUCCUGGUGGUCCAGAUUCUGAUUUUGAAUAUUCAACACAAUCUUACACUGGCUAUGAACCAACGUCAAUGCGAGCAAUUCGUGCUCGAUAUAAUCCUUUUUUACAAACUAGACACCGUGUCGAACAAUUAAAGCAAUUGGGACAUAGUGUUGACAAGGUGGAAUUUAUCGUAAUGGGUGGAACUUUUAUGUCCUUACCAGAGGAUUAUAGAGAUUAUUUUAUUAGAAAUUUACAUGAUGCUCUCUCGGGACAUGUUAGCAGUAAUGUUGCAGAGGCUGUAAAAUAUUCAGAACGCAGUCGAACAAAAUGCAUUGGAAUUACAAUUGAAACACGUCCUGAUUAUUGUCUCAAAAAACAUUUAUCUGACAUGUUAAAUUAUGGUUGUACACGUUUGGAAAUUGGAGUGCAAUCAGUUUUUGAAGACGUUGCUCGUGAUUCAAAUCGUGGUCAUACAGUGAGAGCAGUUUGUGAAAGUUUUCAUCUAUCUAAAGACGCUGGAUUUAAAGUUAUUGCUCACAUGAUGCCGGAUUUACCGAAUGUCGAUAUUGAAAGGGACAUUGAACAAUUUGUCGAAUUUUUUGCGAAUCCUGCAUUUAGAGCGGAUGGUUUAAAAAUUUAUCCAACAUUGGUAAUUCGUGGCACAGGUUUGUAUGAAUUAUGGAAAACGGGAAGAUACAAGAGUUAUCCGCCAAGUGUUCUUGUUGAUUUAAUAGCACGAAUUCUUGCAUUAAUUCCACCAUGGACACGAGUUUAUCGUGUGCAACGCGAUAUACCGAUGCCUUUGGUCAGUUCUGGCGUUGAACAUGGAAAUUUGAGGGAAUUGGCACUCGCAAGAAUGAAAGAUUUUGGAACCGACUGUCGUGAUGUUCGUACACGAGAAGUUGGAAUUCAAGAAAUACAUAAUAAAAUUCAACCCUAUGAAGUGGAACUCAUUCGAAGGGAUUAUACAGCAAACAAUGGUUGGGAAACUUUUCUCUCUUAUGAAGAUCCAACUAAAGAUAUUUUAGUUGGUUUAUUGAGACUUCGAAAAUGUUCAAAUGAAACAUUUAGACCGGAGUUGAAAGAAAAAUGUUCAAUUGUACGAGAAUUGCAUGUGUACGGAAGUGUUGUACCAGUUAAUGCUCGUGAUCCGACAAAAUUUCAACAUCAAGGAUUUGGAAUGCUUUUAAUGGAAGAAGCGGAAAGAAUCGCAAGGGACGAGCACAGAUCUAAUAAAAUUGCUGUUAUAUCCGGUGUUGGAACGAGGAAUUAUUAUCGUAAAUUAGGCUAUGAAUUAGAUGGACCUUAUAUGUCAAAACUUUUAAUUUAAUUAAUAAAAAUGGGAUUUAAAAUAGAAUUUUUAAUGAUAGUUUUGUAAAUAAAUACAAAUUUUUUUUUUUUAUUAAUAAAAAUACAAAAUAUUGCUUUAACAGUA